CCGGCUUCAUUCCCCUUCGCUGCUACCACCUGUUGUUGGCCCAUCACCGCCCCAGUUCAGUGCCUAGUUCCUGCUACAGUUCUAACAAUUGCUAUCAGACAAUGUCUUCAUCCCCCAAGGACACGGCCCGUGCUGUCGACUCGAAUUCCUCCCUGCAGAAGCGACGGCGCAGCAGAAGUGCGACCGACAGUGAUGGCCGCAGGCGCAGCCCGCCAGCUCCAUCUCCCAAGGAAGCUGACAGGCGCGACGAAGCUCCAAGUGAAGACGCUCCACCUCUCCCCGACGAGGCUCCGCCAGAGGAUGAUGGGUGGGAGCCCAUCUGGGACGCCAAUGCCCAAGCAUAUUACUUCUUCAACCGUUUUACUCAGGCCAGUCAAUGGGACAACCCACGCGUUCCGGAAGCAUCUGCGAACGGCUAUGGCGCCGGCACAUCCACAUCGAGCGGCUUCGGUGCAUAUGGAUCAAGCAGCUCUGGCGCGCCAGGUACUUCAUCACCACCGAAACGUCGGCAUGGCGGAUACAAUCCCGCGAUACAUGGUAGCUAUGAUCCAAAUGCCGAUUACGCCAAAGAGGCGGAGCGUGAAGAGGAGGAGGAAGAGGCUGCCGCCGCCGCCGCUGUUGCUGCUGCUGCGGCCGGGCUAGCGAACCCGACUCAGGAGCUCAGUGUUAGUGGUCACUUCAAUCGCUUUACCGGUCGCUUUCAGGGUGCCGCGCAAAAUCCAGAGCGGCAUAACGACGAAAACAAGAGCCACCGCCAGCUGAGCGCAUUCUUUGAUGUCGAUGCGGCUGCCAAUGCCCAUGAUGGCCGUAGUCUGAAAGCAGAGCGCCAAAACAAGAAGCUCUCGAAGCAGGAGGUCAAGGCUUUCCGCGAGAAGCGACGCGAGAAGAAGGAAGAAAAGCGCCGGGCGUGGUUGAGGGACUGAGUGUCCCCUUGGAAGAGGCGUCAAAACUGGCGUAUUGUUGAAGCGGGGUUUCGCAAGACGAGGAUCAUCGCCAAAGGAUCAUGUAUGCUGUCUUUGAUAUCCAUUUUACAAUGUCCGAUGGCCUAUCAGGAGAUCUGCCCGGAGAUUUUCUGCCUGGAGAUUUUCUGCCUAGUCCCAAUCGACAAGGAGGGUACACUAUCUUUCUGUUUCUCCGUGCACGGAUAUAGAAUCUUCGGUGCAUCAUGUCCUCUGUCUGCCACGUGGCCAUGGGUGCCGUCAUCCAGGGUGUCAAUUGUUGCUCCUUUAAUCUGACGGCUGGCUCAUCUGAAGUUCCUUACGGGACAGUAACACGAGGAGUGUCAGCAAAUAUAGCUUAA